GGGGAGGUUCACGUUCAGCCACCACUGCGCCUAAAGAUCAGUGGCAUUGACAUUUUGUAGUAACUGAGGAAAAACAACCCCUUGUCAUACGAAAAGAUGGCAGACCCAGCAACAACAGACAAAGUGCUUUUAACAGAGACUUCAGAACUGUCUUCAUGCUCUGUGCCAUCCUACUUGGACCCCUAUGAGCGCUCUGUAAAAUACAUGGAAAGCCAUCAAAUUCUUCAGAUCUUUCAGGAGAUUACUGAGAACCUGGUUUUUGACAGGCCAGAUGAUCCUCUUCAGUUCAUGUUAGAACAGGUACAAUUGAUGAUUCGAAACAGAGAAGAAUCUAACGGCAAACCAGAGAAAAGAGAGUAGGCUAGCAGCCUGUUCUACCAUGCACUGCAGAAGACAACCGCAUCAUUCAAUCAUGAGUAAAUCGUAAUUCAAUGCUCA